GGUCGCCGGAGGUGCCGCCCCUUGCGGCGCAGCCAAUGGCGUGUUGCGGGGCGGGCUGCGCGGCGCCGGGCUGCGUUGUGCAACGCGCCGGGCCGGGAAGGAAACCGUCACCCCGGGGGGAGGCAGCGCUCACUCGGCAUCUGCCCGGCCCGGCAGUGCGGCCAGGAGCCCGCGGGGUCGGCCUGACUGCCGGGCAUGAGACGCCGCCGCUAGGAUGAGCCACAUGCUGCAUGCGGCGGCCCGCAGGCUGCAAUGGAGCCGCUCGGGAGCCGCCAAGCGCGCUGCCUGCCUGCUGGCCGCCGCAUACGGGCUGAAGGUGCUGUACCCCGUCCUACGGAGGAGGCUGAGGCGGGCGGGAUGCCGCGCUGAGCCGGGCCGGGGGGCGGCGCAGGGCGGCGGGCGGAGCAGAGCAUCGCCGGCCGUCAACGCCGAGUUCUUGAAACAGCUGCUGGAGCUGCGCAGACUGUUCUUCCCCAAGCUGGUCAGCGCCGAGCUGGGCUUGUUGUGCCUCCACUCGGUCGCGCUGGUUUCCAGGACUUUCCUGUCCAUUUAUGUGGCGGCCCUCGACGGGAAGAUCGUGAAGAGCAUCGUGGAAAAAGAGCCCCGGAGCUUCGUCGUCAAGUUGAUCAAAUGGCUGAUGAUCGCCAUCCCGGCCACGUUUGUCAAUAGCACCAUCCGGUACCUGGAGUGCAAGCUGGCCCUGGCCUUCCGCACGCGCCUGGUGGAUCAUGCCUACGAGACCUACUUCGCCAACCAGACCUACUACCGAGUGAUCAGCAUGGACGGGCGGCUGGCCAACCCCGACCAGUCCCUCACUGAGGACAUCAUGAUGUUCUCGCAGUCGGUGGCACAUCUCUACUCUAACCUCACCAAGCCCAUCCUGGACGUGGUGCUCACCUCUUACACCCUGAUCCGCACUGCGCGCUCCCGGGGUGCCAACCCCAUUGGGCCCACGCUGCUGGCCGGCCUCGUCGUCUACGCCACAGCCCGUGUGCUCAAAGCCUGCUCACCCAAAUUUGGCAAGCUGGUGGCCGAGGAGGCACACAAGAAGGGCUAUCUGCGCUUCAUGCACUCGCGCAUCAUCGCCAACGUGGAAGAGAUUGCCUUUUACCGGGGGCACAAGGUAGAAAUGAAACAACUGCAAAAAAGCUACAAGGCUUUGGCAGAUCAAAUGAAUCUCAUUUUAUCCAAGCGCUUAUGGUACAUCAUGAUAGAGCAGUUCCUGAUGAAGUAUGUCUGGAGUAGCUGUGGCAUGGUCAUGGUCGCCGUGCCCAUCAUCACUGCAACAGGAUUUGCAGAUGGCGAAUUAGAAGAUGGCCAGAAGCAGGCAAUGGUUAGUGAAAGAACAGAAGCUUUUACCACAUCUCGAAACCUACUGAUCUCUGGUGCAGAUGCUAUUGAGAGGAUCAUGUCUUCAUACAAAGAGGUUACUGAAUUAGCAGGAUACACAGCCCGUGUCUACAACAUGUUUUCUGUCUUCGAUGAGGUGAAGAGAGGCAUCUACAAGAGAACUGCUGUUAUUCAAGGCUCUGAAAGCAACAGUAAGAAUGAAGAUAAAACAGAAUCACAUGUCAAUGGACCCUUAGAAAUCAAAGGAAAAGUCAUUGAUGUUGAACAUGGAAUAAUUUGUGACAAUGUUCCUAUUAUUACCCCGAAUGGCGAUGUGGUGGUUUCCAGACUAAACUUCAAAGUUGAAGAGGGCAUGAAUCUUUUAAUCACUGGUCCCAAUGGGUGUGGAAAGAGUUCACUUUUCAGAAUUUUAAGCGGUUUGUGGCCUGUGUAUGAAGGAGUCCUCUACAAACCCCCUCCACAGCACAUGUUUUAUAUACCACAAAGACCCUACAUGUCCAUUGGAACACUGCGUGAUCAGGUCAUCUAUCCCGAUUCCGUGGAAGACAUGCAUGAGAAAGGCUACCAAGAUCAAGAUCUGGAGUGUAUCCUGCAUGUGGUUCAUCUGUACCACAUAGUCCAAAGAGAAGGAGGCUGGGAUGCCAUCAUGGAUUGGAAAGAUGUCUUAUCAGGAGGAGAGAAACAAAGGAUGGGCAUGGCUCGUAUGUUUUAUCAUAAGCCAAAAUAUGCACUGCUAGAUGAAUGCACGAGUGCUGUAAGCAUUGAUGUUGAAGGAAAGAUAUUCCAAGCUGCAAAAGCUGCCGGGAUAUCCCUGCUUUCUAUAACACACAGACCUUCUCUUUGGAAGUACCACACUCACUUGCUGCAGUUCGAUGGACAAGGAGGCUGGCAUUUUGAACAGCUCAACACAGACGUCCGCUUGUCACUGAGUGAGGAAAAACAGAGACUGGAGUCCCAACUUGCAGGAAUUCCUAAAAUGCAGCAGAGACUGAAUGAACUGUGUAAAAUCUUGGGAGAAGACUCAGUGCUCAAAACAAUGGACAAAGAAGAAUAAAUAAUUUAUGUUUUAUGUUUUUAAAAGUAUUUUUUUAGUUAAAAGCAUUACAAGUUCAGACAUUAUCCUUUGCAUGCAUUGUGCUAGAGGCUUAGAGCAUAGAGAAACACAGCCAGCAGAGAAUAAUGCUCAGAAUGCUAUGUAAGACUUUAGCAUUUCAGUGUUAAGGAAGAAAGUGGUUGAACUGUGAAAGCAAAACAAGCAAGGGCACUGAGUAUAAGAUUAAUCACUGCAGCUUACGUUAAUUCCUAGUGAAAGCCCAAUUCACUGCAAAGAAGUAGCAGCACUUUUAGGUUUUGUAGGUGAGUUUUGGCCUGAGACUCAGCCUGUAGAAUGUGCUCUUGUACCAGGUCACUGUGUGCAUAUGAUAUGCCUGCUACGCAGAGCGAACAUGGCAUGACACUCAGGCAUGGAGCACGGCAGAGGCAGCAUCUGGGUGAGUAUGCGGAUGCAUGCAAAAAUCUCAUUUGGGUAUAAGAAACAUUCUUUCAGCCCAUGUGAAACAAAACUUUUCUACUGCUGAGUAGCGUAUGUGUCUUUGUCUGCAUUUCCAUAGGAAGUAAUGCAAUAGGUCCUGACAAACUACUGCCCUUGUGACAAGAGAAACAGGGAUGGAGCUAAGUAUGUAAUAUAUACGUGCUGUACUUCAUGCUGUGAUGCACAAUUUCAGAGUCUCUUUGCCCUUGGUGAUAUAUCCAUUCCUCUGGGGAACUACUUGUCCCCUGUGUAGUAACCUCUGGUGGGUGGAUGGAGCACUGGGCCUAAUGUUAGGAGACCUUGAUUUGCUUCACUGAGUCACUCAUCUGCUUCAUGGGCCUGACCCAGGCAGUGUACACCUCUGAUCUGGUUCCUCCAUUGGCAAAAUCUCAGUGUAGGCACAUGUUUGUUCUGUGACACCUUUUGUGAUGAGGACCAUAGGAGAGCGUGUCAGUUUCUAACCAUACACUGAAUUCACAGGCAUGGCUGUCCUGCCAGUUAGAAUGCCCAGCGCUUACAAAGGGCUGUGAGAAUGUAGAGCAUUUUAUAACCACUGAUUGAUUUUGUUAGAGUGGAUGAACACUGUGCUCCCCGUGAGCAGAGCAGACAAGAAAAUGCACCAGUGGCAGCUUUGCUUCAGAUGUGCCCUUUGACAGCGCCAUUGUCUGCCCAGUUCAGUAGGAGCCGUGUCCCCAGGCAGUCAGAAGGGGCUUCAGGCUGAUCCCCCUGGAGCUCAGGGCUGGUCUGAGUGCCUUGCUGCAGGCCAGACUCGGUGAACUAGAAAUAAAGGUGGGAAUGGAUUUUCCCUUCUUGCUGCUUGCUGGACCAGAACCUGGAAUAAAUCAGGUCCUCGCCCUGCUCCAUUAGAAUCCAUGGCUCGAAUGCAAUCCUGCUUUGCGCUGAUGGCAAGUUUGUUCCUCCUGUUAGUUCUCUCCAUGGAGUCCUCUGGGACUUCUCGCUGAAAGAGAAAAGGUCGCACCUGGGAAUCUGUGAAAGGGAUGAGAAGUGAAGGUUCAGACAAUAAGAUGUUGUGUUGUAGAGUGCAGACUGGAGGUCACUGAUGUGGAUGAUGUGUGAGUGCGUUUUGAUUUGUGAGUGGCUCUGCCUGUCCCCGAAGGCAGCUUUCCUGCUUCUCAUCUUCAAAGAGAAAUCUGUAUCUGCUAAGGAAAGGAAGAAGUCAGCCAAGAAUCUGUUCUCUGUGAGCGUAAAUGAGAUGACUGAUGGUCUCAAAGGCUUGUGCAUUUCUGAGCUGUUUCUGGACCACUGUGAUAAAUCAGGUGUACACCAUGUGCAUGCCCUUGUUGCAGCUGCAGCGGACUGUCCUGCUGGCAGAAAGCAGCCACAAAACCCCUUUACCACAAGACUUUCCCAAGACAGGAGAUGAGGUAGAGGAAGGGGCACCAUUGCUCCCCACCUGUCUGUGAUGCACUUUACCGUGUGACUGGGAGCUAAACCAGGCUCACCCAGUCCCUGAAUGAGGAGGACACUGAAAAAUGCUGAUCCCUUGGCCCAGUUCAGCACAGCUCCCACAUAUAGUUCCCAUGUCAGCAGCCUCUCGUGCCCCAGCACUGGGUUUACCUGGGUCUGUGUCCUGCACAAGUGAAGGUGCUGAGCAAAACUCAUACCAGUCUCAAGCAGGGUUUAACAGUGCAAUAAGAAGGGUAAUUCAGGAAUCUAAUUCCCAGUUAAUUCAGCUAACAAUGGGAUGGUUUGUUUCCCCCCAGAAUCAAGGUGGGAGAAAACACCUUCUAUGUUGGGAUCUCACCUUCUGAGGUGGGAUUUCAGGGUUCUGACCAAGGAGAAGUUCAUUUUGGAACCACACUAUUUCUGGUUUUCAAUUUGAAAGCUCUUUUGCAAGAGCAGAAAAAAAACCUAAGCAUCCUUUAAGAAUAUGUUUUAAGUCAAUGGGAUCUGUGUUUGAGUGAGGAAUGAAGGACUGGGUAUUCAGUGGGAUAUCUUAGGGAAAAUCAGAAUUGUAUCCUAAAGCAAAUGAACAAACACACCUCCAGUCCCCUCAGUAUGCCUGAAUGAUCUUAAUGCAUGUCAGAGCCGAGUUUAUGAGCCUAUCGUCUGAGAUUUCAGUCGUAUAUUGAAUGAAGUCACUCUACUGAGCUGUUCAUAAAGCUUAAGAGAACUGAACUGCUAAUCGAAUGUGUCUUUGUUUCAUUUAUGUUUGAUAUUAAUGCCUUUUAAGAGCAGACGAUUUAUAAAGCAAUAAAUCAUGCUUUAUAGUUGUAAUUUAUUCCAAUGUCAAAUAAAACAUGUUGCAUUUA